CAACUUCGCGAAUAUAAAAGUGAUUGAGAUUGAAUUUUAUCUCGAGCCUUUUUCAUAUAUCGCAUUAUUCCUACCGUUCACUCCUUCGAGUUAAAUCCGAUCGGCGUUUACCGAGAUUCGAGACUCGAAAACUGCCCCAAUUGAAAGCUAAAAAGAAGCCCUUUUUAUUCGAAUUUUCAAAAAAAAAAAAAUAGUCAAGAUUCAGCGUAAACAAUGAAGAUGGAAACGAGCGAAAAUACGAGUGAGCGUCUAGAAGUUGGCGAUCUGUAUGUCGUUCGGCGCCAAGACGGUACCUGGCACAAUGCACAAAUCGUCAGCUCACGCCUAAACGAACAAAAUGCAUACGAAUAUUAUGUGCACUACGAAGGACUCAAUCGGCGCUUGGAUCAAUGGGUGAAUCGUGAAAAUAUAGAAUUUCGCUCGAAAGAUACGAUCAUCACGACAACGGGCCCCAAGCCGGACGAACCAAAGUUGAUUGAGGUCAAAAUAGAGAACAACACUGUGCUCAGUACGCCGUUGCUGGAUUCGAAUUUGUGCUCAGAUGAUCGGAAAAUUACGCGGAACCAAAAGAGACGCCAUGACGAAAUCAAUCAUGUUCAGAAAACGUAUGCCGAUAUGGAUCCCACAACAGCUGCUUUGGAGAAAGAACACGAAGCAAUUACAAAGGUAAAGUACAUCGACAAAUUGAGGAUAGGGAAAUUCGAAAUAGAUACGUGGUACUUUUCGCCCUACCCGGAGGAAUAUGGAAAAGUUGGGACACUGUAUGUGUGCGAGUAUUGCCUAAAAUACAUGAAAUAUCCGAAAACAUUCCGUUAUCAUUGCACCGAAUGCACCAAAAAACAGCCACCGGGCAACGAAAUCUACCGCAAAGGCACCAUAUCCAUCUACGAAAUUGACGGAAAGGACCACAAAAUCUAUUGCCAGACAUUGUGUUUGAUGGCAAAGCUCUUUCUCGAUCACAAAACGCUGUAUUAUGACGUGGAACCUUUCUAUUUCUACGUGUUGUGCGAGGUAGACCGAAAAGGAGCUCACGUUGUCGGUUACUUUUCGAAAGAAAAAGAAUCUCCGGACGGCAAUAAUGUCGCUUGCAUUCUCAUUCUGCCGCCGUAUCAACGAAAGGGCUAUGGAAAAUUGUUAAUUGCCUUCAGCUAUGAGUUGUCGCGUCGUGAAGGAGUUGUUGGUAGCCCGGAAAAACCCCUUUCAGACCUUGGAAAAUUGAGUUACCGCAGUUUUUGGGCGUACACUUUGCUGGAACUCCUCAAAGAUUGCCGUACCACGACGCAAAGUAUUAAGGACCUCAGCGAGUUAAGUGGCAUUGCUCAAAACGACAUUAUUUACACGCUGCAGUCCAUGAAAAUGGUAAAGUAUUGGAAGGGACAACGUGUCAUUUGUGUCACGCCGAAAACCAUUGCAGAAUUGUCCAAAUUGCCGCAAUUCAAGGAGCCGAAAUUGAUGGUGGAUCCCACAUGUCUCAAAUGGACACCGAAGAAAAAUAAUUAUGCGUUAAAAAUUUUAAAGAAGAAUUAGUGUCAGCAUUUUUUUUUUUUUUUUUGAAAUUUGUCUCCUUGAUCACGAAACAUUUAAUAAACGUUACACAUUUAUAUAAUUUUUAA